AUGAGUGCGCUCGAGAAGAUGAGGGAGUUCGUUGGAAUGAGCCCGUCACGUGCCACGUCACAGUCACGUGUCAUAUCACUAGCCCCACAUGAGACUAGCUUGGGUCCCCAGCACAACACGGUUGCCGACUGCCCUAUAGAGUCCUGUGAUUACGAUCGAAGCUCCUUGGAUGACACUGCUAUUGAUUUCGACUUGAGUGAUAGUGACGACACUGUCCUUGAUUUGAGUGCAUCCGCCAUCAUCGAGGGCGAUACUUCCCCCUCCCCUUCCAAGGCAUUCACGCGUGGGCAUCGCCGUCGCUCCACGCACGUUACUCGCCGUGACCUUGAGAAGUUUCAAUCGGAGGUCCUAGGCGUUCAGAACCACGCCUCUUAUUUUGACGAAGAUAACGGUAGUCCGCGAUCCUUCACCCCUGACGACCCUCAGCUGGAGGAAUUGAAUCGCGCUUUCGCCGACGCCAACGUCUCCAUGAACACGAACACCGCUAGCAUGGCUAGCAACGGUACCGGUCCGGGAAAUUUCUCGGGUUAUGUUGAAAACCCUGGAGGCCAGAUGAAUAUGGCCAAUAUACCUCCUCGCCAGACUCCGUCUCCUUCCCCUUCUCACCCUUCGGUCACCAGCCAGAUCAAUGGUGGUGGGAUGGGCGCCAUUGGCGCAGGACAUCCGAUGAACGCGGGUCAUCAAAUGGAUUUGCAUCAUCUCUAUGAGAUGGUAGUGGAACUGAGCGAUGUGUUGAAGAACAACCGGGAUGUGACCAAGAACAUCGUCGCAAAUGCAGAAGAGAUUGUGAAGAACGGCAUUUCCGAUAACUCUACCACGAAUGGCCAGCAGGGCGAGAACCUCACCCGGAUUGCAGAACUCGAGCGUGCUUUGGCCAAGGAAAAGCUUCAGAGUGCUCAGCACAAGCACCACCGCGAGGAAAACAUGAAGUUGAUCCAAGAGUUCAAAAGCUCAGUGGGCGUCAUGGUCGAUCAAAUCCGCAAUUACUGCCAGAAUAAUAACAUGCACUACCUUGCCCAGAAGAGGCAUUACAAUAAUCUGCUCCAGGCUGAGCGUGACGCUCAUCUGGAGAGUCGACUCGACCGCGACUACUGGCAUGCGCAAACCAUGAAAUGUGCUGAGAUGAUCCGCACCGCCUACCGUCUCAAAUGCGAAGAAGAUGAUGUCCCUACUCGCGUCAUCUCUGGUCUGCAAAAUGAGGUUCGUGCUUAUCGCUUUGCGCUUGGCAUGGAAGCCGAGAAGCCCGAGGAGGAGUAUGGCUGGGAAUAUCUCAAGAACAUUCCUAGUCUGGAAUAA